GUGCACAGGGUUAGUUAUUAACAGGUUGACUCGUGGUAAUGAGCUUCAGUCCUAGUUAGAGAGCCAGUCAUAAAGGACACAUUUGCUACGAUUUAAUUGAUUAUUAUCACAGGAUUAAAUACGAGUCGGGUUUUCUUUCCCUCCUCUGAUUAAUCGACUCACACCUAUUUUUUUUCCCGCACUACCCCCAGGAGUUUGCGCUUCCCCUUUAACUGGAGCAGAGCAGCAUGAAGGAAGAGUGAAGCGGGAUCAUGGCGGCUCCUCUCGGCCGGGACACUCUACCUGACCACUGGUCUUACGGAGUCUGCAGGGAUGGACGAGUGUUUUUCAUCAACGACCAAACUCGCAGCACCACUUGGCUCCAUCCCCGCACAGGAGAACCUGUCAACUCGGGCCACAUGAUCCGAUCAGAUUUACCGCGAGGAUGGGAGGAAGGAUUCACGACAGAAGGCGCGAGUUAUUUCAUCAACCACAACCAGAGAACCACGGCGUUCCGGCAUCCCGUGACGGGUCAGAUAUCUCCGGAGAACACGGAUUUCUUCGUGCAGGAACUAGGGAAUUCCCACAUGUCGAAGCCGGCGUCAGAGCCGCGACCCCCCAGCACGGUCAGCGAGUCCUCCGUGGGCGUCACCUCGUCCACCGUGGACGCUCCAUCAGGACUCAAGCCGCUAAGAUCCAGUGGACGAGUGCACAGCUUUGGGAAAAGAGAUCACGCCAUCAAGAGGAACCCCAACGUCCCUGUAGUGGUGAGAGGAUGGCUUUACAAGCAGGACAGUUCAGGAAUGAGGCUGUGGAAGAGGAAGUGGUUCGUGUUGUCGGAUUUCUGCCUCUUUUAUUAUAAAGACAGUCGAGAGGAGACGGUUUUGGGGAGCAUCCCACUCCCGAGCUACGUCAUCUCCCCGGUGGAGCCUGAAGACCACAUCAGCCGCAAGUUUGCCUUUAAGGCGACUCACACAGGCAUGCGCUCGUACAUUUACAGUAAGAACUCUGUGAUUGGCUCGCAGGCCGAGCACGGCGGCAUGAGGACCUACUUCUUCAGCGCGGACACGCAGGAGGACAUGAACGGCUGGAUCCGGGCCAUGAACCAGGCGGCGCUCAUGCAGAGCCACAGUUUAAAGAGAGAAACUCCCAAAUCUGAGCAACAGGCCAUGCCACAGACCAAUCACGUCCCAGGAAGCAGCAACAGCACCGCCCACGCUGAGGUCCUGCACCAAUCAGGAUGGGUGGAGGUUACGGAGCGAGAGCCCAGACAUGAGCACGAGGUAGACGCACGCCUUGAGGUCCCGGUCAAAGUUGUCUACACGGGAGAUGGAGAUGCAAACGGCGUGUCCCUGGAAUCUGGAGCUCCGCCCCGAAUCACGCCGUCUGUGACCGCUCAGAGGAACGGCGUGCACAGCGAACAGAACGGCGGUGUGACGUAUCAGAGAGUUCUCGCGCCCCGGACGGACACGGAAAAACACGUGCAGAGGAAGACGGCGCUGGCGCAGGUGGAGCACUGGGUCAAAGUUCAGAAAGGAGAGCCUAAAAGUCUAUCCAGCCAUCCUGUCUCGGAGUACACUCUCCCCAGACGCACCCCUCCCCUCCAACCCAAGCUGGUCAUGACCGAGUCCUACCAGUCUCUCCCAAAGAGCGCCCGUCGUCCGUCGGCCAGCUCGCCCCCGGUCCCCCACGACAUGCCCAGUGACUACAAGUACGCCCACGACCGCCUCAGCCACUUCCGCAUGUCCACAGACGAGCGCAUCGCCGCUAAAGAGGGCAUGGUGUGGCAGCUUUACGAGUGGCAGCAGAGGCAGCGUUUCCGCCACGGCGGUUCCGUGGUUCCACCCGCCUUCACCGUACCCGACUACGUGGACGCGUCCUCCUUCAGGGUGAUGCUGGAGGUCCCGCGCUCGGUGUCCGUGCCCCCUUCCCCAUGCGAAGUACCCCCGUCCAAACUGGCAUCACCUCGCAGACCUCACACGCCCGCGGACAGAGUGACGGUGCGACCCAUCGACGAAGUAUCGAGCGUGGACGUAGUCCGGGUCGCCUCACCGAGGCCGCUCUCCAAGCCAAUACAAAUAGACAGGAGAUCGAUGCCAACGAUGGGCUACAUCACACACACUGUCAGUGCGCCAAGCCUGCACGGGAAAACGCCGGAGGAGCUGACCCUGCUCCUCGUCCAGCUCAGGAGACACCAGGCCAUGAUGGCCGACACGUUCGCUCACCUCCACAACGACGACCUCUCGGGCCCCGCCCUUCAGGCAGAUGAUACAUACAUACAGCUGAAGAAGGACCUGGAGUAUCUUGAUUUGAAGGUCACAGGACGGGACAUGUUGAGGGACAGCAGAACUCCAAGGCCGGUUAAAAUAGCCGAAAGUGACGUGGACGUGAAGCUGAGCAGAUUGUGUGAACAAGACAAAAUCCUUCAGGAGCUGGAGAUGAGGAUCCGCACGCUCAAAGAGGACAAGGAUAAGUUGGAGUCGGUUCUGGACGUGUCCCAUCAGCAGAUGGAGCAGUACCGGGACCAGCCGGCCCACGCUGAGAAAAUCGCUUAUCAGCAGAGACUACUGCAGGAGGACGUCGUGCACAUCAGAGCUGAUAUAUCCCAAGUGUCCACAGAGAUGGAGAAGGCGUGGACGGAGUACAGCAGGUUGGAGGCGGAUGUGGAGAGACUGCGAUCGGCGUUACAGGAGCAGAUGAACCGCAGCGGCCUCACACAGGAGAAAGGCCAGCUGAAGAAGGAGCUGUGGCGCAUCGAGGAUGUGAUGGCGGGUCUGAGCUCGAGCAAAGCCAACUACAAAAUGAUCGUGGACUCGGUGCAGAACCCAGGUGAGCACGGGGCAGUCGCCCCCGCCAUCGCCCCCACGCACCGGAGCCCGGCCAGAGAGAGGAAACUCGUGCCUUCGGCGUUGUCUCCAUCUGUGCCUUCUAUCCUGGUGGGAGAACCGAGCCCGGCUCACUCGAGUCCCCUCCUCAGUCCAGUGCAGCCCAGUAUACAGACCUUCCAGUUCUCACAAACUCUACACAGACCAGUAUGGACUGAGGAAGAUGCUCCACCCAGACCUCCCCUCCCCCACCUCUACAGUCCAGAUGACCAUCCUCCGGCCGUCCCGCCGCUCCCCAAAGAGACCUCCGUCAUCCGCCACACGUCCGUCCGCGGACUCAAGCGCCAAUCUGACGAGCGCAAACGUGACCGUGAGGUCGGACACUACCCCAACGGAGACAAGAUGGAACUGCGGACGUUCCUCAGCGAACCUGAACUUCUGGGAGUCGCAGGACAGAUGAGUGGUUUGGGGCAAGAUGGAGGCUACCAGACCCUGCCAAGCAGAGGUGUGACAGGUUCUUCAUCCAGACUCCAUCAAUCCACAAGCAUCUCCUCAUACGUCACCCUGAGAAGAGGAACCGACCCCUCCAGCCUACAGGUACAGCCCGAACUGGAGAGACCAAAGAGUGCCUUGGAGCGUCUGUACUCGUCUGAAGUGGCGGCGGCGGCAGCGCAGCAGCAGCGUGGUCGCAUGAGCGCUGACGAGCAGCUGGAGAGGAUGAAGCGCCACCAGAAGGCGCUAGUGCGAGAACGCAAACGCACCCUGAGUCAGGGCGAGCGCCAGGCAUCUUCUUCUCGCCCCGCUUCAUCUUCCUCACGGCCGGUUUCCGCAGACCUGGGAUCAUGGAGGCGUGAGCAGGAGUUUGAUCUGCAGCUGUUAGAGCGAGCCGUACAGAUUGAGGAGAAGGAGAAGGUGUUGGAGCGUAAGGAGAGGCAGCGCUCACAUUCAGACGAGUGGAUCACAUUGCACUCGAACCCAUCCCGGGAACCCGACCUCGAACCGCUCGACUAUCAGCUGGAUCUCAGCAAGGAGCUGUCGAAGCCGGACAAGGUUCUCAUCCCCGAGCGAUAUUUGGACCUGGACCCCGAAGAGCCGCUUAGCCCUCAGGAAAUGGAGGCUCGACAUCGCAAAGUGGAGCGCAUAAAGAGCAUUCUGUCCAAGUCAAGCGUACAGAACAUUCCGGGUGUGGAGAAUCCGAUGCUGUCGGAUGCGGACUCGGCUCUUCAGGAUCAGGAGAGGAUCAUCACCAUGUCCUACGCUCUGGCCUCCGAGGCUUCAGUCAAGAGCAAGCAGGUGGCAGACAGAGCGAGGGAUGAGAGCUUAUAUCUCCCUCCAUACAGUAAGCCAAAGCCGUGUCCGGUCAUUGAGGUGCUAUCACACGACGAUCACUCGCUCUCCUCGAUCAGUUCUUUUCCUGGGUAACGAAACCAAACAACAACAACAACAAAAAAACAGUCUCUGAGCGUCCGUUCUUCCUUCCUUCUACAUCGUAGACGCGUUUGGACUCCCAAGAUAUCAGCGGCGGGGAUAGAAAAAAAAAGUGUCACAUCAGAAGCGAGUUUUUUUUUUUUUUUUUUUUUUUGCCUUGGAAGCUGCUGUGAUAUUAAAAGCUGAAGAUCUCUAACAGAGCUAAUAGUGCGAUAGAACAGUUCAUUUGCACUUUUGUACUCAUGCACUGCAUCAUAGAGCAAAUAGGAAACAUUUUUAGUCACCAUCCAGGCUCUCGAGGAUGAAGAAGAUGAAGAUGAUGAAGUAGAAAGUAUUACACUUUAGUAAGACAGAUGUCGGUACAGAUGUCUCGAGGUCGAUUGUAUUUUUGUUGACUGAGAUGCUAUUCUUACACCAAAAUCACAAAAUAUUAUUUUUUUGUAUCUAGUGUAUCUAUAGCACUGCCAGGUUCCACUUAGCUUGCUAAACGAGCUUUAUUUUUGCGGACACUGUUUGUUAGAUUAACGAUAUUUUUCUUGCGGAAAUCUCACAGGAGCGAGAGAUGGUACGUGGCGUCCUCUGUUUAUCUUUUUGUUUUAUA